AUGGCGGAGGAAGCAGAAAGAGCAGUGAGGGAAUUUGGCCCCCCAGUGGCAACUCCCUUAGCGAUCCGACAUCCUGCUAUUGCAGCCAACAAUUUUGAGAUCAAACCAGCCAUGAUCACCAUGCUGCAGAAUUCAUUCGCCCUCACCCAAGUUCAGAGUGCACCACAGGGAACCCAUUCACAUCCACUGAGCAAGUCAAUCAAGUUGGAGAAUUUAACCAACAAAGGAAUAAUCCUUAUUCCAAUACAUACAACCCCGGUGCAAGUUGGCCAAUUAGCUAAUGUCAUAAGUGGAAGAAACCAUGGAGUAUUACCAAGCCAACCUGAAGUUAACCCGAAAAAUCAAGAACAAGCAAAGGCAAUCACUCUUCGUAAAGGGAAGCAAGUGAAUACAGCAGUUGACUUGGAAAAAGAAGCCAAGAAGUCUGCAGCGGAAUUGGGGCAUGCAUUUUCACCACCAAUCACCACCACAGAAAAAGCUAAAGAAGAAGAAAAUUCUAUACCAAUUCCUUCUCUUCCAUUGAAGCCAUAUGUCCCACAAAUCCCUUUUCCGCAGAGGUUGAGGAAAAAUAAAAUUGAUGGGCAAUUCUCAAAAUUCUUGGAGAUGUUCAGAAAGUUGCAGAUCAAUAUUCCUUUUGCUGAAGCUUUGGAACAAAUGCCAAGUUAUGCAAAAUUCAUGAAAGACAUUCUCUCCAAGAAGAGGAAAUUUGGAGAGCAUGAGAAAAUCCAACUGAUAGAAGAGUGCAGUGCCAUCCUACAACGGAAGCUUCCACCAAAACAAAAAGAUAGAGGGAGUUUUAAAAUUCCUUGCACUAUUGGAAAUAAUUUCUUUGAAAAAGCUUUAUGUGAUUUGGGUUCUAGCAUUAACUUACUACCUUUAUUUGUUGUUAAGAAGAUUGGUAUUGGUGAAAUUAAACCCACUACUGUUUCUUUGCAGAUGGCGGACAGAUCAAUCACAUACCCGGACGAAAUUAUUGAAGAUGUUCUAGUAAAGGUUGAUACACUCAUAUUUCUGAUUACUUCACACACUCUGAUUGACGUAGAAGAAGGGUUACUGACUUUGAGAGUUGGAAAUGAAAAAGCGACAUUCAAAGUUUUUGAAGCAAUUAAAUUUUCAAGAGAAGCAGAGGACUGUUUUCGCAUGGAAUUAGUUGAUGAAAUUGCUUCCGACACAUUUGAAAAGGAGAAUCUGAGCCAUCCAUUGGAAUCUACAUUGGUCCAUGCUGCUACCUCCCAAGAUGACAACCCCAUGGUUGCUGAAUAUGCCUUGUAUUUGGAUGCAUCACAACUGUACAACCCAAGGCGAAGGAAUCAAUUUGAACCACUAGGAGCGGCACCUCCCAAGGCUGCAUCUUCUGUGAUUGCUGCACCUACAUUCACUCUGAAGCCAUUCCUAACGCACUUGAGGUAUGCUUAUUUGGGAACUUCUGAAACUUUGCCAGUUAUUAUUGCUACAAAUUUGAGUGAAACUAAAGAAGAAAAAGUGUUACGGGUUUUGCGAAAACAUUAA